GUUAUAUAUAUAUAUAUAUACAAAGAACUAUGUUGGUUACAUUCAUAUAGUUCUUUUUAUUUUUAUUUUUGCAUAAAUGGGGUGGGUUUUUCUGGGCAAGUUUGGUAUCAUGUGGGUACUAAUAGUUUUGAUUCUUGUCAGUGGACAUAGUGAUGGUUGUUUGGAAGGAGAGAGGAGGGGUCCAUUGGAAUUCAAGAACUUCCUCAAAUCCAACGGUGCUGAUGCAGACCAUCUUCUCCCUACCUGGGUUGAUGAGAAAGCAGACCAUCACAGCGAUUGCUGUGAUUGGGAGAGUCACGUGCGAUCACACCACAGGACACGUGACAGAGCUCUCUCUGGAUAGUAUAAAAGAUGUAUAUUAUGUCGAUGAUACGAUUUGGUUGGACUCACAAUGAAGGAUUUGAAAGAUUGUCAAAUUUGAGGAAGCUGGAGAUCUUGGAUCUGGGCUCCAAUGACUUUGAUGACAAUAAUAUCUUCCACUCUUUGGGUGCUCUCACUUCAAUUAAGACUUUGAUUAUCAGUGACAAUGCCUUGGGAGGAUACUUCCCUGCACAUGAAUUAGUAGCAUUGAGAAACUUGGAAACAUUGGAUAUAAGCAUCAAUCGUUAUCAUGGCUGUCUCCCAAUGCAAGGUUUUGAAAAGCUGUCGGCUUUGAGAAAAUUGGAGACUCUAAAUCUUAAAUGGAACGACUUUGAUGAUAGCAUUCUGCCAUCUUUGAGUGCGCUUAGAUCCCUUAAGAUGCUUAAUCUCUGUGCAAAUAACAUUGGGGGAUUAUUUCCACCUCAAGGGAGUUCAGAACUGGUCUUGAAGUUCUCUUUUGACCUCGAUCUUGAUGCAAUUGAACUAAUUCUCAUAAUUCUGAAUCAGAUAGCUCAAUUUAUAAAGAUACAUACUCUAUGA